AUGAUCAAAAUAAACUCAAAUAUCGGUUUCUUAUCCUUUGACAAUAUUCGCUCUUCUUUGUUUACAAUUGGAAACACAAAAAAUUUAAUAUCAGAUCUCAUUAGUUUCAUCCCAGUAACAACUGUAAGCCAAUCGAAAAACAGUCUAACAUACUACUCAACAAACCUAGUAGCUUUAUUUCUAAAACAUCUAAAUCACCAAUUAAUCCACAAUCUUUACAACUUAAUAACUUUACUAAUUCCAGAUAAUAACAAUAAUUAUAUCAUAAACGAAAAUUUCAUCAAUAACUAUGCCUUCAAUUUAACUUUUUUAAAUUACAUCAACCUAAGUUAUCUCUAUUACUAUUUAAAUAUAAACCCAACUUUAUUAUCUGAAAUUGAUUUCAUAAAUUUAAUUCAAAAUAUUUUUUAUCCCAACAAUUCUAAUAUCAAGAAUAUAAACAAAUUUGAUUUGCAAAAAACAAUCAACACGAUUAAUAAAUUUAUUUAUCUACAUUUUAAUUAUUUUAGUAAUGACAAUAAUAAUAAUAAUAAUAAUAAUAAUAAAAACCUAAUUAGUCUUUUGAAAUUGUUCAAUAAAAAUAUCAGCCUUUAUAACGGUAUCAAUCCCUUUCUAAAACUAUCAAGUGAAAACUUGGAAAUUCAAAUAAAAAACUACAAUAUUCAAUCCAAUAACCAAAAUCUCAAAAAAUUAAUUAGCAAAAAGGAAAGUAACCGGUAUAAAACUUCGGCUUUAAAUAAAAGAAUCGAAAACUCAAGUAACAAACUCACUAAUAGUAAAAUACCAAAACCCAACCAAGAAAUUGAAAGAGUUAAUAACGCUGAAAACUAUUGUGAUAACGAGAAAUACCAAAAUGAACAAAAUUUAAAGAUAAAAGAGCUUAAAAUGUUGGUAAAUGAUGACAAGAACAUUGAAAACUGGUUGACGUAUUCUCAGCAAUUUAACACUUCAAACUUUUGUCUUCCAAUAGUUCAAGUAAAAAACACAAAGUUUGAAGACAUACAAGACAAAGUAGCUGAAAACUACAGACUUCUCAAUGAGCUCAACGAGGAAAAAUUGAAAAUUGCCAAAAUCAACGAAAAACUAGUAAAGGAGAAAACCCAAUUGGAACAAGAGCAGAGCGAAAAAAUAGCUGCAAUAAGACGAAAGUUCUGGGAGGAAAAAGAAGACAUCCAUAAGCAUUAUUUCCAGAUAAAACAGAAACUCGAGCAGCUAAAAAGAAAACAGGAACUCGAAAAAUAA